GUCCCAGCGGUUCGGGUCCGCCCCGGGGUCGGGCGGUGCCGUUGCCGCCCCUCCGCGGUGACAUCAGCCGUGAAAAGGGCGCGGGCGGCGGCAUCCGCCACUGCGGGACCGCACCGGGACCGGGAUCGGAACCGCAGGCAUGGCCAACAGGGGACCAUCGUAUGGGCUGAGCCGGGAGGUGCAGCAGAAGAUCGACCGUCAGUACGACCCCGAGCUGGAGCAGCUGUUGGUGCGCUGGAUGGUGGGGCAGUGCGGAGACGACAUCCCCCAGCCCACGCCUGGGCGCGAUGGCUUCCAGCAGUGGCUCAAGGACGGCACCGUCCUGUGCCGCCUCAUCAACAGCCUCUAUCCUCGGGGCCAAGCGCCGGUGGCCAAAAUCCAGGCAUCCUCCAUGGCCUUCAAGCAGAUGGAGCAGAUCUCCCAGUUCCUGCAGGCAGCUGAGCGUUACGGCAUCGCCGCCACCGACAUCUUCCAGACGGUGGAUCUGUGGGAAGGGAAGAACAUGGCGUGCGUGCAGAGGACGCUGAUGAACCUGGGCAGCUUGGCGGUGGCCAAAGGCGAUGGGCUCUUCGUGGGAGACCCCAACUGGUUCCCUAAGAAAUCACAGGAGAACCGCCGCGUCUUCUCGGAGGAUAAACUGAAGGAGGGGCAGAGCGUCAUCGGGCUGCAGAUGGGCACCAACCGCGGCGCCUCGCAGGCGGGCAUGACCGGCUAUGGGAUGCCCCGACAGAUCCUCUGAACGGCCCCCCAACCCCCCCCCACCCCGACCCCAAAGCUUCCAUGGGGCUGGGGGGGUCCCCAAAGCGCAUCGCUCUUCCCCAUGGACCCCCCUAUGGACCACCCCAUGGACCCCCCCCCAUGGACCACCCCAUGGACCCCCCCCAUGGACCACCCCAUGGACCCCCUAUGGACCAACCGGGGCUGUGCCCACCCGCCAGGACCAAAAUCUGUGUUGUUUUUUUUUUAUAAUAAUUAUUUUGUCUCCGCAUCCCGAUCCCCCCCUCCCUCUCAUCCCAACACCGCUGUGCCUUGGGGGGGGGCCGUGCUGGGGAGAGCCCCCCCCCCCCCUCCUCAGUGGCUCUCGCCCCAAUAAAUGGCCCCUUCUUGUUUAUAA